UUGAAUGUUGGAUGCGGAAAGGUUGAAACGAUACGAUUUGCCCGAUAUCGAAGAUCACAUGACUACGAACUAUCCUAUUGGUCACAUCAUCCAUGGAAAUUCCAUGAGGAGAUGUCUGUACAUCGAGCAUUGGCUAUGCUCUUCCUUGGAGAGGGCCGGUAUGGCUUCAAGCGUGAUAAUUUGUCAAUAGCACUCUUGGUGAUCUCGAUGUAUCCGAUCAUUGCCCACAACGUUGCUGAUAAUAGGCUAUACCACCAACCUCUACGGUUUCUAUGGACUUAUUCCGUUGAACCGCGUCUUCUUGUCCCAAUGUGUCGGAAGAAAAACAAACCUAUUCAGUGCGAUGUAAGGAUAGAUUUCAAGGAUCCCUCCUGUUCACUAUGCUUCUGCACCGCACCGAUGAUAUUGCCACCGAUCGAAGAGCUGGCUUCGGUAGCGAUAGUCGGGCCAGGUGUUGAAGAAGUGCACUUCGAUCUCUCGAAUGAAGAUCGGAAACGUGAUUUGAUGGAAAUCCUUACUAAGGACCAUGGACGUGUGCCGGUUACGGUAACAGAAAGUUGCUUGGAUGAUAACGAAAUGGCUCAACAAGAAGAUUGGACCCUCCGACAGAUAUUCGACCAUCGAGUAGAGCGGCCAUGCUGUAAAGUGACGAAGUUGGCAAAGGAAUUGGAAAGGAUGAAAAUGGCAGAGCAUGGUCACUUCGGAGCAUCCUUAUUGGUUGGAUCGUAUCGUAGCUCAGUUACUACCAAUCCUAAGCUUCAAGAACCAUUUGCUUUACCUCCAGCGUAUCUUUACUUCGGCAUUGAACAAGAUUUCAUUAGCUUUGUUAACUUGCUAAAGACAAAUCAUCCGGGUGGCCCUGAUGAUCUUCGAUGGCCUCCAAUUGACAGUGCCCCAGCUAUUCGUCAAUAUCUCAAGACGCUUCACAUGGUAAGUUAA